AUGGACGCUGCUCGUUCAUGGAAUCAAAGUAGUGUCAGGCUUCACCACAGCACUGGCUUCUUCAACAGACUGAAGCGCUACUCCGCCAACACUGCACCAAACACCUCAUACGAACACGAGCAGACCUCGGAAUCAGAAACCGACCUUCUCAUCCCCUAUGUCUCCGACGACGACGAUGAUUCCGACGACGAAGCAAACUCCAACAACGAACCUGGUUCUUUCGGCCACUGCUGGCACUGCGAUGCCCCACUACCUCUGCCCACCUCAGAGGAAACCAACGUCAACUGUCUCGAAUGUCAGUUUCCGAACUAA